AUGAAAAAGACGCGUCAACUACAAAAUGAUCUUAUUUCCGAUAUAGAUCAACCAACUGGUAAUGAACAUUUCACGUAUAAAGAACGUCAAUUUGCUGGUCCAUCAUAUCAAAAAUUGUCAAAUUUUCUUGAACAACAAAAUACAGAUGUUGUUAAAGAUACAAAUGAUUAUUAUCAGAUAAUUCACAAUUCGUUUUUAUUGGAAUUAAUGAAACAAAGUAUUUGUAUCUCAUGUAAAUCAAUAUGGAAUGGUGAUAUGUCUGUUGCACAACGGGAAGGAUUAUAUUGUUCUCUGGUAUUUACAUGUCACUGCUCGAACGAAAUUAAAAUCAAUACAUCUAAACAAUGUCCAAAAACUUCUCAACGAGAUAUUAAUAUUCGAAGUGCAAUUGGUGCAAAUUUUGCCGGGAUAGGUCAUCAAGGUCUUGUAAAACUUUGUGGUGUUUUGAAUGUACCACCUCCUAUUGAUGAUGAUCAUUUUUCUCGCACUAUUACACGUAUACUUCCGGUAUUUGAAUCACACAAGCUCAAUUCAAUGAAAAAUGCUAUAGAAGAAGCAUGUGGUGAAUCAAAUAAACGUAAACUUACUGUAAGCGGAGACGGGACCUGGCAAAAACGCGGCUUUUCUAGUUUACAUGGAGUUGUUGCAAUAAUGUCAACCUGUUCCAGUGCAAAAGUACAUAUUAGAUGA